CAGAGACUCUCUUCACUCACUGUGCCUCAUUUGGAUAUUCCUAACAGUUCUGAAUUACUUUGACAGCGAUCGAGAGCAGUUUGAAGAAUUGUGGCCGUGCAAAUACAAUCAUGGCGAUCUUGGCGGCACUACAAUGCGUGGCGCUCGUAUCGACCAUGCACGGGACUGCAGUGGCGUUUCGACCCAACAGAUUGAGCGCCUUUUCAGCCCAGGACUACACCCACGAGGACCUGACCAGAGAAGCCGUUCUGAAGGUCGUGGCCAGGUUUCUGGAGGAGAACCCAGAGCCCGGUAGGUCAGUGACCUCGGGUCAGCUCCAGAACCUGGUGCCGCUUACAGCAUCCAACAUCUUCAACAGCUACUUCGGAGCCCCAGUUUCAGCCAGGAACUUUGAUGAAGCCAUAAGAAGCAUCAUAGCGGCCAACGUAGACAUGGACAGAUUGCUGUUUCGGCCAGACCUGCAUUUUAACGCCGAACAGUUCCAGGCUUCCAUCGCGUUUUUACGUAAUCUUCGAACGACCAUUAUCAACACCCUGACCCAACCCAGUGUCAGCGACAGUGAUGUCAACUCCGCGCGUGGGAUGAUGGGAAGCUAUCUUCACACCCUGCAGGCAUUCUACAGCAACACUAACUGGGUAGAGAUGCACGGGGCUGUUGUGUACCAGAACCUGGGCAUACCUGAUACACCAUAUCCGCCCGUGGCCUCUCCUGGGACAAUCACUUGCAGUUCUGCUGACUGUCCGCCAGAUGGCCCUGCAGGACCUGGAUUUACCUGCCAGAGCAAUAUUGUGGUUCCCAGUGGGGUGCUGACAAGUGGCUACCGGAGUGGACAGGACGUUACAAAGCCUCUUGCGAUUGAUCCAUUGGUUGGUAAAUGUAGCCACGGUGGGACAGCGGACGUAUCGCGCCACCAGACAGCUACAGGCGGGAUCAACAAGGAGUCCACCGUGUCCUCAGAGUCUCCCCAUCACUACCUGCACCACACCGCAGCACAGGCGGCCGUCAGCGCUACACAACACUUUCUCUACGGAGCAGGGACCGGCCUCAAGGAUCAAAUAGGAGCUGCAGUUUUCCGCCGACUCUUCAACCUCGCCUCCGGAAGUUCCCUCUGCUUCGUCAUCGACGACACCGGAAGUAUGAGUGACGAUAUAGCGGCAGCCCAGCAGACGUCAAUCAACAUCGUCAGCCAGGCGCAGUCUAACCCAAUCAGCAAGCCUUUCAACUACGUCCUGGUCCCUUUCAACGACCCGAUGUCCGAUGCUGGUCCCAUGACGAUCACCACUGAUCCCAACGUGCACAUCAACGCUAUUAACAAUCUGAACGCGCAUGGUGGCGGAGACUGUCCAGAACUGGCUAUGACUGGGCUGAUACUGGCUCUACAGAACACGCUUCCCAAGUCACAGAUAUACCUGUUCACUGACGCGGGAGCGAAAGACGUGCACCUUUUGCCGGCCGUCAUUUCUCUCAUCCAGCAGAAGAAGACGAAAAUCACCUUCCUCCUCACGGGUUACUGUUCUGCACGGAAACGCCGAGAUAUAAAAGGAAGCAAAAUCAGGACCCGUCGCCAGUCUAUAGGAGACACGCCGUUUCACACGAUUGCACAGGAGUCCGGCGGAAAAGUGUACGACAUCAACAAGAGUGAGGUGUCUGAAGUCGUGCGAGUCAUCGAAGUGGAGGUGAACAGUGCUCCAGUCACGGUCCUGUCCUACAGUGUCACCAGCUCCGGGCCCAGAGACCACGACAUUCCCGUGGACGAGGCUCUGUUGGAGAUGGUCAUCACCAUAGAAAGUUCAGUGGAGUCGCCGUCUUGUACCCUAUACACACCCUCAGGUAUCGUCGCUGACUCAGCAAUUGUUGAGGUUAUCCUGAACAGUGGCGGGUACAAGGUGGUGAAGGUCAGCAGCCCUGCCGCGGGACUGUGGCGACUGCACCUGAACGAUGCUCAGGCCUACAGCGUAGAAGUAGCAGGGAAAAGUGUCAUGGACUUCUCUGCUGAGUUCACUGACCUGAGGGCCGGCAUCCCCAUCGACGGGAGACCAAUAGCAGGAGUUGACUAUGUGUUGGCUGUAAGAGGGACCGGUUUGGAGAAUGCAGGAAGUGUGACCUCGGUAACGCUGCGAGACGUGACAGGCACGGCCCUUACAACAGUCAACCUCGCGGAAAGCUCUGGCGUGGGGGAGGCUGUCUACACCGCUACCGUUACACCUCCUAAUCAACAAUUCCGGAUUUCGAUUGCAGGCUUGGACAACAACGGAAACUCUUUCCAACGCCUGCUACCCACACUGAUCGACACCCAGGGUGUGCGGCUGGAGCUGUCAGACGAAAGUAUAGACCCCCUGUAUCCUGGGGAGAGCAUCACUGUCGAGUUCACCGUCAUCAAUGAGGGUUCCGUUGACGACACCUACAGCCUGUCCGCGUCCGAUGACGUUGGCUUGAUGGUCGGCGUCACUCCGACGUCUGUCACUGUCUCUGGAGGCGCUAACGUCACUGGCCACGUGACGUUUUCAGCUGCAAGUGACAUCUCUCCAGGCACAACCAGUACAACUAUCCUGACUGCCGAAUCCACCACAUCCGGGUCUAACUUCCUUACUAUUCGCGUCGUCGUGACUGAACGCAUCGUAACGGUGGUGGACACGUCUCCGCCUGUCUGCACCAUAGCGUCGGUCAGCGGUAAUUGUACAGCUGACCUACAGGCACCGGCCGUGUGCUCAGACCAGCUGUGGUCAGUAGAGAUGACCGUGCUGGACAGCGGACUGGGACUGGGCAGCCUGUAUGCGGAAGCAGCCGCAGGAAGUACAUUCACAAACGACCCGUUUGUAGAGGGGCUACAGGAUACAGCAGUUGCUGCCACCUACAGUUCAACUUGCUGCAGUCCUAAAAUGACGGUUACUGUGGUGGACUUGGCUGGGUUUGUGGACCAUUGUGUCGUGGACUUUUCCAUUCCAGCCUGUAACAGUAACCCAUGUCUGAACGGUGGCGUCUGCAGUGAGAGGCAUCCAGACGGGUACUUCUGCGCAUGUCCGACUGGUUUCGUCGGCAACAACUGUGAAAGUGUUACAGCCGACUACUGCUCUUCGUUGCAUCCCGACCUUCUCCCUGGUAACUUCGGCGCUUAUGAGAGCAGCUGUUUUUGGUUCUCUCCCAAGACGGGAACCCGGCGGACCUACGAAUCAGCCAGACAGUUCUGUAAAUCCAAAAUGGCCAACAAAGGCACACUGGCCAUGAUAAAGGAUGCCGGCACACAGGCUUUCAUUACAACCUUCCUGAGGGCUACCAAGGCUGGCAAAAAGAAGCGUUAUUGGAUAGGCCUGGACGAUCUGAACACUGAGCGCACCAUGCGGUGGAAUGACGGAACAGCACUUGGAGCCUUCAACAGCUUCCGACCCGGCCCCAUUGCUCCUAAUAAGAUCAGGGACUGCGUCCUCCUGUGGAAGCAGCGGCAGUGGAACAUCGUCAAGUGUGGCAAAGUGCUGCCGUACAUCUGCCAGAUGGGUGAGUAA